UUAUACACCCUUUUUAAUUACUCACUUCCCUAUAUAUAAAAAAACCCUAGAUAGGUUUGUGAUUGUGAUCGCCUCCAUCUGCUGCUGCUGCUGUCCCCUGAUCUGUGAGGGUCUGCUAUCUUCGGUCCGAUUUCAUGGCUCCAAAGAAAGACAAGGCUCCUCCACCUUCCUCGAAACCCGCAAAGUCUGGCGGUGGCAAGCAGAAGAAGAAGAAGUGGAGCAAGGGAAAGCAGAAGGAGAAGGUGAAUAACCAGGUGCUUUUUGAUCAGGCCACCUAUGACAAGCUUCUAACCGAGGCACCCAAAUACAAACUCAUUACCCCUUCUAUUCUCUCUGAUCGUUUGAGGAUUAAUGGAUCACUUGCAAGGAAGGCUAUAAGAGACUUGAUGGCUAGAGGUUCAAUUAGGAUGGUAUCUGCCCACGCAAGCCAGCAGAUUUACACUAGAGCUACAAACACCUAGAUGUAGUGCUGGUCAUUAUGUAGUAUUGAUGGGACCGGUGAAGCAAUUUUCUUUUUCAGUUUGAGACGCACCUCGAGCUAGGUUGCUUAAACGAUUGUUGUUAAAUCCAUGGUUUAUUUCUUUUUAUAUUCUUGGUAGUAUAUUUGACAUGAGGUUUUCAUAUCUUAUCUUUUUGGGUA